GCAGAAGCUGCACUGCGCAAAGGCUGCGCAUACUUGACGCGCGUGAGUCCUAGCCGGCAUGAGCCGGAAAUGUUCUGAAGAGCUACCCCCGGAGGAGGGGAUGGAGGUGGACUGUACGCCAGAGGACCUGUCGAGGUGUUCGUAUGAGGAGCGCUGUGUGCAGCUGGGGGAGGUGAAGGACAUGCGGCUGGAGGCUGAGGCGGUGGUCAGUGAUGUGCUCUUCGCGGUCACAGACAUGCAGGUCUCUCGCAGUCUCACCAGCGGACUCGAUGUGGCCUACAUAAACGUGGAGAGCAGAGAGGGAAGGCGAUACUGCUUAGAGCUCACUGAGGCAGGGUUACGGGUGGUGGGACACGUCUUCGAUCAGGUGGAUGAGGAGUUGAGCUCCCAGUAUCAUGAGACUGUUUACUCACUGCUGGAUUCUCUCAGCCCCGGAUACAGAGAAGCGUUUGGAAAUGCUCUGCUACAGAGACUGGAGAAGCUCAAACAAACCGGACAGUGAGGGCUUCAGUAUCAUUCACAAUAUCUCUGCUCGCGAACAGUUCAGUGCCGCUCUCAGCUUAAAGCAUCAGUGGUACCUUUUUCAGUUUUUAGCCUGUGAUAUGUUUGAACAGAUCUUCUUCUGACUUGCCUGUGAUGUUUUAAAGUAUUUUACUGUUAUUUGGAGAGGUAUCAUUGCUGUGACACAGAUGAAUACUCCAUUUUUAUUCAUAUUUAUGCAAAUGAAAUAACCCUCAGAAAUAGCAACGUGCUGUUUUGAGGACUAUCGGGAAAUGUUUGAACUAAAGUCUUUUGUGUUCACAUACUAGUGCUCUGAUUUUGGAUGAACUUGGUCCUGCAAAUAUGAGUUUUAGAGCUCCAUACUGUACUUCCUUUAAAAGUACAGCAUGGCUCUUAAAAGUAUUAACAUUAAAAACAUAUCAGAUGCCUUACUACUUUCAUUCAGAUUUCUAACAAUUCAGUUUUCUUUCGUUCAGAAUUCAGUUGGUAGUUGUUAAUUGAAAAUCCUGAUACAUUAUCUUCUCUUCCUUUAGUUUGCUACAGAUAAUUGAAUAUCAGACCCCUUUGUGAAUGUAAAAACACAUCGAUUGCUUCAUUGUUUUCUUUCUCAAUCUGUCAAAAUUAGCAGUAAGGAUUGAACAGCCAAAAACAUAGUGGUGAUAUCCACUAACACCUCCACAGAGUCAUUUUUUUAAGAAAAUGGUGACUUUCUUAAACCUGUUUCAAAUAUCAAAGAUGGUGCAUUUUAGCACUGAAACAGAAGCUUUAUAUUUUAUAUUUGCAGAAUCUUUUCCCCCACAAUUACAUUACAUAACAGCAGCAUGUUCGACUUUUUGUUGUAAAGAGAAAGACAGUCCUAUAUAUCGGAAAGAACAAACAUCUCAUAUAAUAGUCCAAUUUUGGUGUUUUUAAAAUCUGGUUUUAAAUAAUGAUUUUUAUUGAAAGAUUUCAAGUUACGCAGAACCCUUGAUUUACUGGUCAAAACAAAAUGCUGAGUAUUGCACUAAGUGAGAUAAAGCAGCCAUUUGCUGACUUUGUUUGAAAAGGCUGUGUAAAAAUAUGCUAUUAAGUUACAUUCCAUCUAAGUUCCGUUUUGAGCAGAAGGAAGAGAUUCAUUUAAAUAAAUGCAUUAAUACAGGAAGUUGUUGUAUGAUGGGUUUCUACCUCAUGUUGGGUGUUUAUUUUGACCUUUUUAGCAUGCCUGUGAAAUUGAUGUGUGUUUUCA